AGCAGUACGGUUAAUGGCACGAAGCAGAUUAAGCAUGCUGUUUUGUUAUUGCUUGUGUAAAGUCCGAGAUCUAGGGGGACACGUAUCGUUCGAGUUAAGCAAUGCUGGACGCUGCCCGUGUUUCAGAAAGCUGUCAUUAGAACAUCUCUGGCAAUCUUUACGGGUAGUCAGAAGUCAAAAAGUCUGAUAGCAGAUAUACGAAUUUUGAGAAAAUAAACUACAAAUUACCAACGAGAAAUUAACAAAAUUACUUUUUGGAUUUAAAUAAAAUUAAAACAAUAGCAUAGCAAAAAAGAUGAAGUAUUUGUAACGACUUACAUGUAAUAAAAUUGCAAGGGUUGUGGGCACACCCUAACAAGUAAGUGAAUUUUCUAGCCAUGAAAAAAAAUAAUCUGCCAGGAACAGGGUAUUCUGAGAUCAAUUUUUGGAUUGUAUCGUUUCAUUUUUUUGUCGGUUACAAAAUAUUGUGCAAGAUUUUUUUCCAAAAAAACAUGACACUCCCGAACCCUUAAAUGCAUUGAAACUGCACAUAGAACUCUUAUUGAACAUAUUUUUUUAAACAGAACUUCAAGAUGUCUCUUGCGCCGGAAAUCAAACAACAAAUGAGAUAUCUCGAAAAAGUUUCGUAGAAAGUUUCCUUAGUGCGAGGGCGGAGAUGGAGCGCGGUAGGGGACACCCGUAGCUACUGUUAUCUGAGGUGACGUACGCUUUUAUCAGCAGUAGGGAGUUCGGUGGUUUCAGGCUAGACGGCCUCGCAAACCGAGCCGAGCAGCAGAGAGAUGAGGGCGCGGUUCCUAUGGCUGGUCCUUCUGUGGGCCGUGGCGGCGCGCGCCGCUCGCCUCCUAGCCGUGCUGCCCACCAACACCAAGAGUCACCACGCCAUGUACGGCCGACUACUCGAGGCCCUGGCCAGGAGAGACCAUCAGCUCACAGUGGUCACGCAUUUUCCAAUGAAAAAUCCACCUCCGAACGUGCAACAAAUCAGUCUUGCUGGGACCAUACCUGAAAUUACUAACAACCUCACAGUGCAACAUGAUUCCAUCAAACCUGAUUUCAUUCGGAAUUUGGAACAGAUAAUGAAAGAGUGCGUUGACGCAUGUUCUACAGUCGCCAAAGUGCCCGCUGUCAAAGCACUGCUGAACUCAACGGAGACCUUCGACCUCGUCAUUGUAGAAGUGUUUGGGAGCGACUGUUUUCUCCCUCUUGGCAAAAAGUAUGAAGCUCCUGUUGUCGGUCUGCUAUCAAGCGUUCCACUACCAUGGGUCAAUGAACAAUUAGGUAAUCCUGAAGCAACAUCCUACGUGCCAUCGUACAUGGUCGGGUAUGGACAACGAAUGACGCUUUGGGAAAGAUUUGCCAACACGAUGGCAGUGAUCAUGGCCAAGGUGUUAUACAGAUACAAAUCUCAGAUUCCAUCACAGGCCAUAUCAGACCGGUUAUUUGGCCCAGGACCGAAGUUGGAGUCAUUAGCUCAGAACUACAGUUUGGUGUUGUCCAACAGUCAUUUCAGCAUCAAUGAAGUUCGCCCUCUAGUUCCUGCACUAGUAGAAGUCGGAGGAUUGCACUUAGACGAUGCGCCAAUUCUUCCUCGUCAAAUGCAAAAACUGCUAGACGCAUCAACAGAAGGCGUGAUCUACUGGAGCUUCGGAUCAAUGUCCAGGAUAGAAACCAUACCAAGCGAAACAUUGGCCCAAAUAUUUCAUGUGCUGUCGGAGCUGCCUCAAACAGUGUUCAUCAAGAUUGACCGACGUAUGCUCGCUCGGAACCUGACCGUGCCUGACAACGCCUAUACCAUGGAAUGGAUACCACAGCAUGCCACUUUAUGUCACCCGAAUGUGAAGUUGUUUAUAUCUCACGGAGGUCUGCUGGGGACGCAGGAGGCCGUGGCGUGUGGGGUGCCGAUGCUGAUGGUGCCACUGUAUGCAGACCAGGCGCUCAAUGCGAGAGCCAUGGCCGACCGGGGCGUAGCAGAAGUCGUCACACUCAAACAUAUGGACAAGGACGCGUGGAGAAGAAGCCUACGAGCCUUGCUCACUAAUGAAAGGUACAAAAAUAAUGCGAUAGAUUUAAAGAACAUAUUCUUGGAUCGGCCAAUGAAGCCUUUGGACAUGGGAGUUUAUUGGAUAGAGUAUGUCCUGAGGCAUAGAGGGGCCGCGCACUUGCGGUCACCAGCUCUCGACCUCACCUACCCGCAGUACAUGCUACUAGAUGUAGUAGCAUUAAGCACUACCAUAGCACUACUAACCAUAUUCAUACUACACAAACUGUUCAGAUACUUGUGUACAAGAUGCAUAAAAUGGUGGCCAAAGGAAAAACUUGUCUUUGAAAAGAGACUGUUCAAAAGAAACAUUAGCUUUUUCUUAUGUAUUCUAUGGAAGUAUAAGGUGAAAACGAAUUGAGGAGUACUAUGUGCAUAGAUUUGUUAACUCAUUGUAUUAUAUAGGUGUAAUGUAAAUAUUAUUUUGUAAGCUGUUAGGUAUUUAUAAAUGUAUUUUUAUAGUGUAGUAGAAUACAUGUAAUGAAACCUUUCAUUAACUGUUAUAAGGAUACUGGAAUUUUUGUAUUAAUAGAGGAGACAAGACCAAGGAGCAAACAGUCGAUUUUUUUCUACAUACAUUAACACCACACUUGCACAGCUUUUAAUUUACUUUAUAACAUAUCAAGAUUUUUCAAUCAAUAGAGGAAGAAAUUCCAAAAUCCAAUUUUAUGUACAAGUCAUUUUAGACAAAAUGUCCCUUAAAGUAAUACUAUUUCCAGUACUUGUGUUUUUAACAAAACAGAUUAUCUCACCAGUCAUAGUCAGUCAAGUUGAAUUAAUUUUAAGCCUCUUACUUAAUUAUUAUAAAAAGUUAUUUGUUAAUCCUAGUGCCAACCUAGUAUUAGACAGAUAAUUCUCGCUUGUCAUUUGUUAAGACUUUAUUACUUAAUCUUACAUGAUUAAAAUGUAGUGUCUAAGUAGCAUGUGCAGACAUUAAUUCAUCUAAGGACAAGAGACUAUAAAAAUAAUUUAAAUGUGAAACCUCAUUAAAUCAAUUUAAAAUUGAAAGAAAUAAAAUAUUUUCUACUAUAAUAUAAAACUGUUUUCAAA